AUGUCGACUGUGAACGAUACACUUAUCAUCGGUGGGAAUAGCACCGCAGCUGAGCAGAAAAAUGGCCAAAGCGCCGGUCAAUUCGCUGCUUCCCUGGUCACUGCCAUAGCGGUGUUCGGCAUCCAAGUCGGAUUGUUUCUUCUCAUCAAGGACCGCUUCGCCAGAAUAUACCAACCCCGGACAUACCUUGUUCCAGAAAGAGAAAGAACCAAUCCAUCGCCUCCAGGCUGGUGGAAAUGGAUCAAGCCUGUAACCAGUACCUCCAACUCGGAAUUUGUCCAAAAGUGUGGCCUGGACGCCUACUUCUUUCUGAGAUAUCUGAGGACGCUGCUUAGGAUCUUUGUCCCCGCCGCCUUGGUCAUCCUGCCGAUUCUUAUCCCUAUCAACCUGAUUGACGGUCGUGGGGCACAAUUUGCUCUUGGGAAGAACGAAAACGCAAGUAAUGUCACGGGCCUUGACCAGCUUGCUUGGGGGAACGUCGCUCCAAAUCACACUGGACGGUAUUGGGCUCACUGGCUCUUGGCCCUGGGACUGAUUGUCUGGAUAUGCUACGUGUCUUUUGACGAACUCCGCAACUACAUCCGGAUGCGGCAGGCUUACUUGACAUCUCCCCAGCAUCGUCUGCGUGCCUCUGCUACCACAGUCCUAGUGAGCUCGAUCCCUCAGAAGUGGUGCAAUGUCGAGGCCCUCGAUGGCCUCUACGACGUUUUCCCCGGCGGGCUUAGAAACAUCUGGAUCAACAGAAAUUUCGACGAGCUGAGUGACAAGAUCAAAAAGCGCGAUAAGCUCGCUCAAACCCUAGAGGCAGCCGAGACCGAGCUCAUCAAGAAAUGUUUCAAAAAGCACGAAGAGAAUAUUGCCAAAGCAGAGAAGGAGGCAGGCAAGAAACUCAGCAAAGAGGAAAAGAAGCUGCGAGCAACCAUUAGAAAUGAAGCCGGUGAUCGUGCAGCCCAUGGCCACGGCACUACAACUGGUAACCCUCAUCAGGUUGAGCAUAAUCUUCGCGAUGUCAUUCAUGGUCACCAGGCUGGCUCUCCCUCGGAGUCAAGCGAUGAUGAGGAACAAGAAAACCCUCAGCCUCAACGGGACAUGUACAAUAUCCCCAUAAUUGGUCAAGGCAUAUCUGCGGUCACUCACGGUUUGGACAAGGUCGGCAAAGGAAUUCUGGGAGGCAUUCGUGGAGUCAAUAAAGGAGUCAAUGGCACCAUGGACACCACCAAUGGCUUCGUGGCGGCUGAUGCUGAACGGAAGGAAAUGGGCCGAAGUUCUCACGACGAAAACGACGAAGCAAGUCCAGCGACACCCAAGAACCACAGGAGUUUUGGACAGCCCCGGACAACAGGUGCCAAAGAUGCAUCUGCAAAGAAUGAAAGCUCGGUUGGUGACCAGGGAAGGUCAAUGGAACAGUCGCCUCGCGAACGACCAGGAAGCCCAAUCUCUCAGGGUAGUACAAUGGGGGGUGAAAAGGCUCGACCGGAGAAGCAGUUGUCCAGAUUCGAGAAGUUCAAAAAAGCCAUCGGUCUCGGCUCAGAGGAAAAAGAACCCGUCGAGUACCCAUCUGCAUUUGAAUGGGGCUUUGAGCACGACCCCGACGACGCAGUCUGGCGACGUUAUCUCAGCGAGAAAGAUCGCGACACCAUGAGACUACCGAUAUUCGGCUGGCAAUGGAUGCCCUCGCUGCCUCUGAUGGGCGAAAAAGUUGACACGAUUCGAUACUGCCGGAAGGAGGUUGCUAGGCUCAAUGUUGAAAUAGAGGAUGAUCAAGCACAUCCUGAACGGUUUCCACUAAUGAAUUCCGCCUUUGUCCAGUUCAAUCAUCAGGUGGCGGCACACAUGGCGUGUCAAGCUGUCAGUCACCAUCUGCCCAAGCAGAUGGCUCCACGCUUGGUCGAGAUCGAUCCCAACGACGUCAUUUGGGACAACAUGUCAAUCCCAUGGUGGUCAGCAUACAUCAGGACAGGUGGGGUUGUGGUCAUUGUGGUUGGUAUGAUCAUCCUCUGGGCCAUCCCCAUCGCCUUUACGUCGGCUCUUUCUCAGCUCGAUACUGCUGCCAAGGCGUACAGCUGGCUUCACUGGGUCCUCAAAAUUCCUGCUUGGAUCCGGAGUAUCCUCCAGGGUGUGUUGCCAGCAACCUUGCUUGGCCUGCUGCUAUUUCUGCUCCCUCUGAUUCUCCGUUUCCUGGUACGGUGUCAGGGCACUCCCUCUGGGAUGCUGGUGGAGCUUUCGGUUCAACGCUACUACUUUUGCUUCCUGUUCGUCCAGUUGUUCUUGGUCGUAUCAAUUGCCUCAGCCUUGACCCAAUUCUUCGCGCUUUUUACAAGCGUAGACGGCUGGACAAAUGUCCCAAGUCUCCUGGGUACCAACAUCCCUAAGGCCAGCAACUAUUUCUUCUCAUACAUGCUCCUCCAAGCCUUGUCAGUGAGCGCUGGAGCGCUGCUGCAAGUGGGGUCACUCAUCGGGUGGUUCAUCCUUGCUCCUCUGUUUGACAAUACAGCCCGGGCCAAAUUCACACGACAGACCCAAUUGCAAAACAUCCAGUGGGGAACAUUCUUCCCCGUGUACACCAAUCUGGCUUGCAUCGGUUUGAUCUAUUCGGUUAUCUCGCCCCUGAUCCUUCUUUUCAACAUCGUCACCUUCUCACUAUUUUGGUUUGUUUACCGGUACAAUACUCUUUACGUCAACCGCUUCACCCGCGACACCGGUGGCCUCUUGUACCCCAACGCCAUCAACUUCACCUUCGUAGGUGUGUAUGUGAUGGAGAUUGCUCUGAUCGGCAUGUUCUUCUUGGUCAGAGAUCAACACGGGAACGUCUCCUGCACGGGGCAAGCAAUCGGGAUGAUUAUUCUUCUUAUCAUCACCGCCGGCUAUCAAUGGCUGCUCAACAAUGCGUUCAGUCCGUUGUUCAGGUAUCUCCCUAUUACUCUCGAAGAUGACGCGGUACGGCGAGAUGAGGAGUUUGCCCGGGCAAUGCAAAAGAAACAAGGACUCAUUGAGGAUGAGAAUGAAAAUGAGGCUCUUGAAGAGCAACUGGAGCGUAACGAGCGACAGUCAACGGAAGAAGACCGCCAACAACAUGAAAUCGAGCUCCAAGAGAUUGAAAAGGAUAGACAGGAAAGGCUCACCAGGCAGAAGUCUCAGAAGUUGCCAGACCUUGAGCCAUACGAAUUUCAGAAUCCAGAGAUUGCCAUGAACCUGGAUCAAGAAAGCAAAGGCGUUCGAAUGAUGAAAGCAGCAGCCCAGAAGACAGCCGACCGGACCAAAGGCCUUGUGCCACGGACCAUUUCACAAAGAGGCCACCGCAGGUCCUGGGCCGACAGGGGCGACCGCAGCAACCGACGAGCAUCGAACUUUGGCGAGUGGGAGAGUCCUUCGCAAAGUAGGAGUCUAUCGCGGGCCCGUGGGGCGUCCAGGCAUCAGAAAAAUCUUCUGCAGCAGCCUAAGGAAGUUUUUGACAAGCUCAACAGUUUCAACCCGGUAACGGGAACUGAAAAGGACGUCGAAGCACAACGCGCGGCGCGGAACCAACUUGCCGAUGCUCUCUUUGGAGGAGUCAAUGACGAACUGGAGGAUCUGACACCCGAAGAACGCGAUAAGCUCGUGCAGAGGGCUUUCCAACACAGUGCGCUCCGGGCCAGAAGGCCGGUCAUCUGGAUUCCGCGGGACGAACUCGGCGUUAGUGACGACGAGGUGCACCGGAUGGGCCGCUUCAGCAGUCAUCUCUGGGUCAGCAAUGUUCGACAAGGCCUCGAUUCCAAAGGCCGCUGUGUUUACAGUGGCGCCCCACCUGAUUUCAGCGAGGUGGAUGUGAUUCAGCUCUAA